AUGUGGUGUGUAAGUUUAGCUGUGAUCGUCCACACAUUGGUCCUUCUACUGGUAGCAGGCAGUCACGUACUCUUUGUGAAGAAUAAGGUCCCGCUUGUCCAAACAGCCCUGAAUGAGGGAGAGUCCGUGCUCGUGACACUGGCUAGUCAGGCUGGCCUAGCCGACUUACUGAACAAACCAGGUAACCUUACGUUGUUCGGCCCCACUGAUGACGCCUUCUUUGAGUUGCCUCUGGACAUUCGCCAGGCUCUGGAGAAUGACAACCAGACCAGAGUGGAGUUCCUUAAGUAUCACAUCGUCAACCAGACAAUACACAAGUCUCAGCUAAAGAAUGAGGCUACCUUUAAUACCCUUAGUGGACAGCCAGUCCGUAUCAACUUUUACCAUAAUAAUACGGUAUGUUCUGGAAAAACAAACUUAAAUGACACUGCGUUGGGGCCUCUCACACUAUUUGGGCCGACGAAUGAUGCUUUCGCAAAAUUACCAAAAGGAGCUGUUGAUGGCCUUCUCCAGAAUACAACGGCACUUAAAGAGUUGAUGUAUUAUCAUGUGGUACUAAAUACAUACUACAGAGCUGGCAUGGAAACUGGGACACUGAAAACACUCAACGGAAAAUCUCUUAACCUGACUGUAUCUUUAGAUGAAGUGAAGGUUAAUGGUGCUAAUCUGAUAUCUGAAGACAACUCAGUCGUCAACGGAGUUAUCCACAUGGUUGACACCGUCCUCACUCCUCCAUAG